CCUCUAAGACCUGAUCAACUGACUGGUUGAUGUACUUCUGUGGCUUUCAGGCUUUCUCCAUUUAUCUUGCAAGGCUUCCGGUGCAAUGCAGCAAGUAAACUGAUGCCUGGGCAGCUCUCCUCCCUGGUCCGAGAAGUGAAAAUUAAAAAGGCCAAUUUGAGUGAAGAACAGCUCUCCUGCAUGGCAAGACUUCUCAUCAAAAGCAACCUGACAACAAACACCAGCAGCUACCCAGCAGAUGUUCUGCUUUUUUUCCCCUUCAGCAAAAUAGAUCAUCAAAGCUGUGAAAUGUUUUACGCUUUGGCUUCUGAAGGGAACCUAAGUUUACUGGCCAGUGGAUCAUUCCAGCGGACCAGACUCUUGGAGGAUGCGUUGUGUUGCUUUGGAGUAAAAAAUGCCUCACUCAGCAAAGAGCAGCUCCAAAAGCUAGGAGGCUUUGUGUGUGACAUGGAGCCAGCCACCUUCACAGACUCUGACCCGACAAUCCUGGAGAAUUUGAAGCAGUGUCCAGACCUCACAGCUGCUCAGAGAAAAGCCCUCAAUGUGCUCCUGGGCAGUGGGAACACCUUAUACAGAGCUCCUGCCUCCUGGGAUGAAGCAACCCUUGAAAACCUCGGGCCCCUGGCCUUCUACCUAAACCACACCACCUGGAAUUCCAUUAACAAGGAAGAAAGAACAAUCUUCCUCAAAAUAGUGAUGGAUGGGUACCAUAGCCAAAGUGCUUCUCCAAAGGCAAAAAGAACCCUUUUCUUAAACUCGGUCAGAUCGAAACCUGCUUCCUCUCCUAGAACUAAACGGGCAACUGAAAGUUGCCUGUCUGCUCCCAUCACCAGCAGCGUGCUAGAAGAUCCGCUUUUCAUAAUCCAAUACGACAGUGCCCAGCAGUUUGACGCAUGUCUGAGUGGCGAGGUUGUGAAAGCCAGCCUGGGUCCUGUGCUCGAGCAGCCCCUCCCAAAUGACUAUUUGGCUGUGGUUAAAAAGAAGUUAGACAAGAUCUACCCCGAUGGGAUUCCAGAAGAUCAGUUGAGACUGCUCAGCUUCCUCUCACGUCAGUACAGCAUAGACGAGAUUGGCAGUUGGAACAUAACUUCCAGUGACACCCUUGCUGCUCUUCUGAAUCAAAAAGAUGGUGCAUGGGAGAUGCCACAGCUCAGGCAACUGGUUGUGAGAUAUAUGGAACUGGGAGGCACACUCACUGGUCCCUUACUUGACAUGCUGGGAGGCAAAUAUCUGUGUUUUCUGGAUGAAGAUCAGCUGCGGGAAAUCAACCCAACAUCCAUUAGGUAG